UCUCUGCUUAGUUACCUUACAAAACAGAGCUUUGCUCUGUAAUUAACAAAAAAUUAAUUCACACACCAAUGCACAGAUUCCAGAGAUAAAUUACAGUUUAUGGAAGAGCCACAACCAGAGAUGGAGCCCCAUUUCCUCUCUUUAUAAUGUACCCUUCGAGUCUUUGUUUUCUUGCAGAUCCAAAACCUCUUUAUUAACAUUACAGAGAUAAGAACACAGAAGGGUUGAGCCUGUCAAAAAUGAGAACUUGCUGGCCUUUUUCUUUCCUUGUUCUGGUUUUCUUCCUUUAUCAUGGCGUUAAUGGCGAGAACCCUUAUAGGUUCUUCACAUGGAAAGUCACUUAUGGUGACAUUUAUCCUCUUGGAGUUAAGCAACAGGGAAUUUUGAUUAAUGGGGAGUUUCCAGGGCCACAAAUCGAUGUUAUUACAAACGAUAACCUCAUUAUCAAUGUUUUCAAUUACCUGAGAGAGCCAUUCCUCAUCUCCUGGAAUGGCAUACAACAGAGGAGAAACUCAUGGCAGGAUGGAGUCUAUGGCACCAACUGUCCAAUCCCACCAGAAAAAAAUUUUACUUACAUCCUCCAAGUCAAGGACCAGAUUGGUAGCUUUUUUUACUUCCCAUCGCUUGGAAUGCACAAGGCUGCUGGAGGAUUUGGUGGCAUCAGAGUCUGGAGCCGCCCUCGGAUUCCUGUACCUUUCCCUCCUCCUUCUGGAGAUUUUACUGUACUAGCUGGAGACUGGUACAAGAGAAAUCACUAUCAAUUGAGACGAAUAUUAGAUGCUGGUCAUGAUCUGCCAUUCCCUGAUGGGCUUCUCAUCAAUGGUCGUGGAUGGAACGGAUAUAGAUUCACGGUUGAUCCAGGUAAGACUUACAGGUUCAGGAUAUCAAACGUGGGCCUUGCAACAUCUAUUAACUUCAGAAUUCAAGGGCAUAAGAUGAAAUUGGUGGAGGUUGAAGGAUCCCAUACCCUACAAAAUACCUACACUGCCCUUGACAUCCAUCUUGGGCAGUCUUAUUCUGUGUUGGUCACCGCUGAUCAGCCAGCCCAAGAUUACUACAUUGUCGUUUCUACACGCUUCACUGCUCGUGUACUCACAACAACUGCUGUUCUUCAUUAUAGCAAUUCAUAUAAAGGAGUUUCUGGUCGGAUCCCAGGUGGUCCUACUACUCAGAUUGAUUGGUCCCUCAACCAGGCCCGAUCUAUACGUUGGAAUCUGACUGCAAGUGGGCCGAGGCCGAAUCCUCAAGGUUCUUACCAUUAUGGAAUGAUUAAGACAAGCCGCACAAUCACUCUUGCAAACUCUGCUCCUAUUAUCAAUCGCAAGCAGAGAUUUGCUGUCAACAGUGUCUCAUUUCUUCCUCCAGAUACCCCAUUAAAACUUGCAGACUACUUCAAGAUUCCUGGAGUUUUCAACUUGGGAAGUAUUCAAAGCUACCCUAACUGGGGAAAUGCCUACCUCCAGACUUCAGUUAUGUCUGCUAAUUUCAGGGAGUUCAUUGAGAUUAUUUUCCAAAACUGGGAGGACACUGUUCAGUCAUGGCACAUAGAUGGCCACUCGUUCUUUGUUGUUGGAAUGGAUGGAGGACAAUGGACGCCUUCAAGCAGAGCAGGAUAUAACUUGAGAGAUGCAGUUGCACGUUGCACAACUCAGGUAUAUCCCAAGUCUUGGACUGCUGUUUACAUGGCUUUGGACAACGUGGGAAUGUGGAACAUUCGGUCUGAGAACUGGGCAAGGCAAUAUCUUGGGCAACAGUUUUAUCUCAGAGUUUACACAGCUUCAAAUUCAUGGAGAGAUGAAUUGCCAAUCCCGAGGAAUGCUCUUCUUUGCGGCAGGGCGACAGGUCGUCACACAAGGCCUCUUUGAAUUUGGAUUAGAAUUUAGAUCAUAAUUGUUGUCACCAUUGGGUGACAUGGUGCUUGAGUUGAAGUGUUAAAGCGGGAAAUUGUUAAUGCAGUAGCUCAACUUGAGCUCUGAGUCUGUAUUCUUGAUUUGCAUGGCUUUGCUAUCUUGUGUUUGCAAGUUUAUUCUUAUCAACUCAACCCAUUGUGCAGAAGUUGUUUAUUCUCUAUGAUAAUCAUGGUGGAUAAAUCCCCCUAUUAUC